CGGGCCGGAAGAAAGCCGGACGAUCGACGGGUGGCGCGCAGGACUCACGGCGCUAUGGCGGCGAGCUGCAGGCAGAUCUUACAGUGGCACAGGCUGGUCCCCUUCUCUGGUCUACGUGUGGCCCCACGGCUGUGUCUGCACAGCGUACAGAAUGCUGCAGCUGGGGCUCCUUCCCAAAUUCGUGGUCGUAGAUUAACGACAGCCUCCUUGAAAGGUGAUAAUGAAGAAAGAGUCUUUCUCACUUCUAGAAACCAUGUUAAGGAGCUAGAAUCCAGCAAGAACGUUGUGAACCUCCUGGUUCAGAAGGAGCCGUCCUCCGUGGAUCAGGGUGCUGUGGAGUUGGAGAAGGUGGUUAAUUUGUUUUUGGACAUGGGAUUCAGCGAGACUCAUAUAAAGGAACUGUUCAGGAUCCAUGCAGGCAUCAGACCUGAACAGCUGCUGGCGGUGGUUUCAGAGCUCAUGCUGUUGGGUUUGGACCCUGAUCCUGUAUGUAAAGCCUUGCAGAAGAAUCCUAGAAUCCUGCAGUUGACAGUCAAACAGCUGAAGAAUCGGGCCAGUCAUCUGAGACGGCUGGGGCUUGGAGGAGGGAACUUGCGGCAUGUGACUCACUGCUGUCCAGACCUGUUCACCAUGACCCAGCAGCGUAUUGAUGCCCUCGUCUCCGUUCUGAAGGACAGAUGCCUUUUCACCGGGCAGCAGGUGACAGAGAUUUUGUACAGCUGUCCCAGAGUUCUUCAGGAGGACCCCAGUGCCUUGGAGUAUAAAUUCCAGUACGCAUAUUUUAGGAUGGGAAUAAAGCAGCGGGACUUGGUGAAGACCAGAUAUUUCCAGUACUCAAUGACCAAGAUCAGACAGAGGCAUGUCUUCUUAGAGCGACUGGGCCUUUACCAAACUCCUGAUAAAAAGGGACAGACCCAGAUCUGUAAUCCUUCUGUGAAUUCCGUUUUGAGAGUCCCAGAAGCCGAGUUUUUAGCCAAGACAGCCCACUCGUCUCAGGAGGAGUUUGAAGUCUUUAAGCAGCUCUUAGCUCGGGAGGGACUGGAGGAGGGUGAAGGUCUGAGCGUGUCUGAGGAUGAGGAGUCAGACCUGGCAGACACUGACGGUUCCGAUGACGAUGAGGACUGAAAGGCAGAAAUGAGCGGAGGGUGCCGAGGGAGAGUUUCACUCUACGAAGACGUUUGCUGCGAGAGUCGUUGGAGAAUUCUCGAGUUACUGAUGUCCUCUGACCGAGAGGCUGGAGGACCUUGUGACUGUACGUGUAGUAAGGACUCCUGCUUGUAAUGGUCGUGAGAACGGCAGAUCAGUCUGACCUCACUCUUUGCCCUGCUCGUGUGUGAGUUGCUGACGUAGCCUGGAGGGAGGGUUUCUUCCUUCUGAUGGGAGGGAAUGAGCCGUCUUUCCUCCGGUGGGUCAGCAGUGAAUGUGCUAAGUGGUGACGGUAAGACUGGGAAGGGGCAGGAGGGAGGUCACCCUCAGGAUGCAGCAGGUGGCCAGCUACCUCCCAGGGACCUGGUUCUUUACCUAAAAAUGGCCGAUUCACUUGUGAUUGCAGCGCACCAUGGAAUGAGAACCAUGCCUUUGGCUUCACGCUGAUGAUUUAUGAGGUUCUGUGAGGAUCCCGUUGAAUGAGGAACCCCAUUACUCACCCGUAGCUCACUUCUCAGCCCAGGCUGUUACGUGUUGGGCCUUUCUGAAGCUGUGGCCUUGGUGGGGCACCCGUGUCGCAUCUCCUCAGCAAAGCCGUAUUUCCUCAGGAUGGAAUGUUGGCUAAGCUGAUUCAAUUUCACAUGGGUGGAAUUCCCCAGUAGAGACCUGGGCUUCAUAGGCAGAGACUCCGCCAAGGGACCGUGUGCCGUACUGGGCUCUGGGACACAGCCCGAAAGGCAGAGGACCUGGCUUCAGAGCCUGGCUCGGCCACUUAACCUCUGUAGGCCUCAGUUUCCUUAGCUGUAAAAUGAGGGGGUUAGGCUAGGUAACCUCAAGCUGUGAUGCUCUCAUUUUUAUUCAGGCUUUCAUUGCUUAGUUUAUCGAGGGAUCAUUUACAGCUCUAUGUUGAUCUAACCCUUUUUUCCCCCCCAUUGGGCUUUAGAGGAAUGACUAACAUAUUAUUAUUAAACAAGAUACAUUGAAAAGUGUCAUAAAUGUAAACUUGCUGAGGUUGAUCUUUAGGCUUACUUACAUUCUUGCUCCCGCUUACACAACCAGAAAGGGGCUUCAGGAAAAUAAAUUGUGUUUAAAAAAUUUCAAACCAACAAGAUUUGAAAUAAAAUUUCUUUUUGUUUUUUGCUUUCUA